AUGUCGGCCCUACUCAAGACCAUCGGUGUUCUUCCAUCAGAGACAGCCACCAACGGCAAAGGCGCUAUUGGCCUUGACCAGAACAAGGACCUUGGUACAUAUGGCUCUUCUAGGCCCUAUACUCUGUAUUCUAUAGAAUCCUCUAACGAGCAUGCAGUCCAGCCAGAACUCAUCCCCGAUCACACCAGCAAUGGGAAAAUUCGCCAGGCCGCACAGAGAAGGACGCUGCGCCUGUGGACUGUUUUGGUGGUAACUGGGCUCAUCCUGUUUGAUAACCAUCAUGUCAUCGACCUCUCCCUCUCCCCCAAGUCGAGGGCUGCCGCCGUGACCUUGCUCUUCCCAGGUGCCGGAUACAUCGCGGCUGCGAACUGGCAAGCCGCUGCAUUGCUUGUUCUCACAUACGUGCUGCUCCCGGUCACCCUGUUUGCGUGGUUCGGCGCAGGCGGCAUUGCCUUCCCCAUUGGCCUCUGGAUCCUCUCUGCCGGCGGCGCAUAUGCGGUGGCCGGGCCGGAGCUGUUCGACCGUGCGGACGUGGUCAGCGCCCUUCUCGUGGCCGGGUUCGUUCUGUACUUCAAUCGACUCUCGGCCAGAGCCAGGAAAGCCGGGAUCCAGAAGCGAGACAGUCGAAACGCCUUCAUCCCCGCCGCCUUGGACACCAUUGGUGCGACUGCCGUCGCUCCCGUAUCUCGCGAGGAUCGGGAACUGGGACAAAGUGAGCUUAGGGACAUCCAAUGGACCAUCGACCAAGCCCUAUUGCCCUUGGACGACUGGACCAACUUCACCGUCAUCGACCAAUUCCAGACAUCGGCCCUGCGCUAUCAACUGUACGAGAUGAUGUACUGCCUCGGCGCGUAUCAGGGCAUCUACACCCCCAACUUCCAUGGCUAUCUCAACACCGCGCAUAAGAACGUGAUUGAGAAGUCUCUCACGCCGAAGGUCCUGAACUUCUGGAAAUGGGAGACUCUGUGGGGGAAGUUCUCGACCGAUUUCGACCCGGUCAAGAAGGAAAAUAUCAUGGUGACGGGCUUCUUGCUGCAAGGGGUGGCGCUCCACGUCGCCAACACCGGGGACCAGCACUACGCCCAGCCAGGGUCGCUGAAGUUCCAGAUCACCGAGAAGCAAGCGUACGAAUACGACAUCCAUUCGCUAGCCCAGGCCAUAGCUAAACAGUGGGCGGAGGAGGAGUUCUGCCUGUUUGCCUGUGAGCCCAACUGGAUCUACACGCCGUGCAACCUCCAGGGCAUGACGGGCAUGGUCGUCUACGACCGUAUCUUCGGCACCUCGUACUCCAAAAACCUGUUGCCGCGGUUCGAAGCGUCGCUAGUCACCAACUUCACCGAGCCCGAUGGCAGUAUCUUGCCUAUCCGGAGUUGCCUGACUGGCUUCACCAUCCCGGGGCUCUGUGGGGCUCUGACCGACCUGGUGAACGCCAUGUUGUGUAGGGGCCACCUCGACCACAUCGCGAGGAGGAUGUGGGCUAUCUUCCGCACCGAGAAUAUCGACUAUGACGAGGCUACUGGCAAGAUGGAGCUGAAGGGCCUAGUGGGCGCCGACAAGAUCGACCCGGGCUGCUACCAGAGCAACGAGUAUGCUCUCCUACCUAUGCUCGCCUACGUGGCCGGUGAGUAUGGCGACGAGAAGAUCCGGAGAGCCGCGAUCGAUCAGUGCGUGGCGGGCGUCGGGAAAUAUACCACCAAGACGGGUGCCACGGCUCUGAAAGGAGUGAGUAAUAGUAAUAACAGCUGUAUGGUGCGAGCAUCCCUGCUGCGUCUGGAAGAUUGGAAAUGGCUUAUUUCCGAGGGCCCCUCCAAAACCACUCUUGCAGGCCCGAUUCUAGAUCAUGCGCCCUAUCCAGGCGUUCUCGUGGCAAAGGCGCGUUCGCAGACGUCCAAGGACCUCGACCUGGUGUUAUAUCCAUCUGCCGAUAGUGGCACCUUCGAGUUGGGCCUGAAGAGGCUCCUACCGGGGGGCGUGUAUGGCUUCGCGCAGGAGACUUUCACCGCUGAUGAUAGAGGAGAGGCGGUCAUCAAAGUCCAUGUCGAUGGGAGGACGGCUUUGAGGAUUGAGCCUCGGUGA